UUCUCCUCAAAAGAUGAGAGACGUGACCUGGAGGCUAAUGUGGAAGUCUGUAGACAAGAUGAGGUGUUUCAGGAAACGCUCCAUGCUGCCCUUCCUCGGCUUCCUCUUCACCUUUCUGCUCUUCUUCAACCUCUACAUGGAUGACGGAUACGUGCUGGAGGCGGAGAAAAGACAGUUGGGAGAGACGCUGAUGCAUCCUUCAAACUCUGACAGAUACGUCCACACCUUCAGAGAUCUGUCCAAUUUCUCGGGGACUAUAAAUGUGACGUAUCGAUACCUCGCGGGGAUCCCUUUGCCGCGCAAAAAGUAUCUGACCAUUGGUUUGUCAUCAGUCAAGAGGAAAAAGGGGAACUACCUCCUGGAGACGAUCAAAUCCAUCUUCGAUCAGUCCAGUUACGAGGAACUCAAAGAGAUAGUUGUCGUAGUCCACCUUGCAGACUUUGACCUAGUCUGGUGUGAGAACCUGGUGCAGGAAAUCACCAGGAAGUUCGCUCAUCACAUCAUAGCUGGACGCCUCCUCGUGAUCCACACUCCAGAGGAGUACUAUCCGUCUCUGGACGGGUUGAAAAGGAACUACAACGAUCCAGACGAUCGAGUCCGCUUCCGCUCCAAGCAGAACGUGGACUACGCUUUCCUCCUGAACUUCUGCACAAACCUGUCUCACUUCUACAUGAUGCUGGAGGACGACGUGCGCUGCUCCAGGAACUUCCUGAUGGCGCUGAAGAAGGUGAUCACCUCCAGAGAAGGCUCCUACUGGGUGAUGCUGGAGUUCUCCAAAUUGGGCUACAUCGGGAAGCUGUACCACUCCAGAGACCUGCCUCGCCUGGCUCACUUCCUCCUCAUGUUCUACCAGGAGAUGCCCUGCGACUGGCUCCUCAUCCACUUCAGGGGUCUGCUGGCCCAGAAAGACGUGAUCCGCUUCAAACCCUCUCUGUUUCAGCACAUGGGCUACUACUCCUCCUACAAGGGAGCCGAGAACAAGCUGAAGGACGACGACUUUGAGGAGGACUCCAUAGACAUUCCUGACAACCCUCCAGCCAGCCUCUACACCAACAUCAAUGUCUUUGAAAGCUACGACGCCACAAAGGCUUACAGCAGCAUCGUGGAUGAAUACUUCUGGGGUAAGCCUCCCUGCACAGGAGACUUCUACAUCAUCAUCUUCAAUCAGUCCACUAAAAUCAGCAGAAUUAAGAUAGUGACGGGAACGGAGGACAGACAGACCGAUGUUCUCCAUCACGGAGCUCUAGAAGUGGGACAGAAGUCUGUGGAGACCAAACAGGGACGGCAGUGCUCGUCUUACAUCACAUUAGGAGAGUUCAAAGGUGGAAGUAUUGAGGUCAACAAAGUGGACCACAAGAUCGGCUUCGACAUCGAGUGUGUGCGAAUCGUCAUCACGGCCAGUCAGAAAGAAUGGCUCAUUAUAAGAACUAUCAGUUUAUGGACCACACAGCCCGUCAGCCAGCUGAUUAAGUAGACAGUGAAGGUUUUUUUUAAAUGAUCUGCUGUUUGUACAGUAAACAUUUUGGAUGCUAUAAGUUCAUUUUGAACUACUUCUUGAAAAUAUGUGUUCCUAGGAUUCAAAGCAAUCCAUAUUUUCUUGGGUUGUUUGGAGAUCUACUGCUAGAUUGAGAUGUGAUGCAUUAUUAAAAUGACCAAAAUGUACAGUAUGGAGCCUUUAUACUCACGUUCACUUUCCUAAACUGAACAUCUGUAACAUAUAAAGUAUAAAACUCUUCAUACUUG